AUGGCGCCGAGCUCGAAACCGGAGCGGGGCGGCGCCUCGGGGGGAAAGCGGGGCACGGCCGAGGCCGGGCGCGGGGCGCGACGGGAGCAUGUGGUGAGGCAGCUGGAGCGCGUCAAGAUUAGCGGACAACUCUCACCUCGCCUUUUCCGGAAGCUUCCACCCAGGGUUUGUGUCUCCCUGAAGAGCAUUGUGGACGAACAUUUCUUGUGUGCAGGGCACAUUUUCCUUGGCUUCUCCAAGUGUGGAAGAUACGUUCUGUCCUAUACCAGCAGCAGUGGUGAUGAUGAUUUCUCCUUCUACAUUUACCAUCUCUAUUGGUGGGAAUUCAAUGUCCAUAGCAAACUAAAAAUGGUACGUCAGGUUCGGUUAUUCCAAGAUGAAGAAAUCUACAGUGAUCUAUAUCUGACUGUAUGCGAAUGGCCCAGUGACUCUUCCAAGGUCAUCGUCUUUGGCUUCAACACCCGUUCAUCGAAUGGCCUACUUAUAAACAUGAUGAUGAGUGAUGAAAACCAUCGGGACAUCUACAUUAGUACAGUUGCCAUGCCUCCUCUUGUGCACUGUCCCAGCUGCAGGGACAUGGCCAUUGCACAUCCGGGUGAUACCAAUGCCAAAUGUUUGCAGCACGGCUUCAUGCUGCACACCAAGUACCAGGUGGUGUAUCCUUUCCCUACAUUCCAGCCAGCAUUCCAGCUUAAGAAGGACCAAGUGGUGCUACUCAAUACCAGCUAUUCCCUAGUGGCCUGUGCAGUUUCUGUGCAUACAUCAGAUGACAGCAGCUUCUGCCAAAUCCUUUAUGACAGAAGUCGUCAGCCCAGGUCUGCUGUUGGUGAAGUCUGUCAUACAACUGUCCCCUCACCGUGUUCCACAAGUUCAAAAGAUGCGCUGGAAAGAGACAAUGGCUCUUACCGGAGUGUGGCUGCAGUACAGCAACCUGUUUCAGUUCCUCUGCAGGAUAUGGAAAAUCAUGUUUCACCUGCUGUAGCUAUGGCAAAGGAGUUUGUUGCAGACAUCUUCCGAAGGGCAAAAGAAGCCAAAGGCUCUACCCCAACAGAAGAGGAAGCAGGCAGUGGGCUGGAAUACUUUCUUGACUCAGGGGCUGUGGGCCAGGGUACUUUAGCCUCUUGGGAUCUAGGGAAGAAUUCAGGAUCUUGCUUGCACAGCAGUGGCAUUCUCAGCUCUGCAUCUUCUGGGACUGGAAGCAUGUCUGACAUGGGGUCGCCCAAGGAUUCUCCCAGUGCUGAGCUGGAAAGCCAGCCAGUUGAGCCAGGCUAUGUGAACUAUACCAAACUGCGCUACGUUCUGGAGCCCAGUGAUCUCUCUGAGGCAGAGGAUGAAUAUGAAGAUGACAAGAUCUCCUUGCCGUUCGUUGUGACAGACUUGCGUGGAAGAAAUUUGAAGCUUCUGAAAGAGAGGGCUGUUUGUCAGGGCCAGUAUUUAACAGUGGAGCAGCUAACUCUGGAUUUUGAGUACGUCAUCAACGAGGUUAUCCGGAAUGAUGCCUCAUGGUCCAAGCAGUUCUGUUCCUUCAGUGAUUAUGACAUUGUCAUCUUGGAGGUAUGUCCAGAAACCAACCAAGUGAUCAUCAAUAUUGGACUUUUACUCCUAGCCUUUCCUUCCCCUGAUGAAGAGGGACAGCUCAGGCCAAAGACCUAUCACACCAGCCUCAAAGUAGCAUGGGAUCUGAAUACUGGCGUCUUUGUCACAGUCAGUGUGGGGGAUCUCACAGAAGUAAAAGGGCAGACCAGUGGCAGUGUAUGGAGCUCUUACAGGAAAAGCUGUGUGGACAUGGUGAUGAAGUGGCUGGUGCCAGAGAGCAGCGGUCGCUACGUCAACAGGAUGACCAAUGAGGCCCUUCAUAAAGGCUGUUCCUUGAAAUUCCUUGCCGACAACGAGCGCUACACAUGGAUUGUCUUGUGAAGAUGCUUCAGUAGUUCAUUCCCUGCCAUAACUGUGCAUCGGGUUCAACUACCUCCAUGUCGAAAGUUGUUUUUAAUUUCCCCAUCCCGUGCCCAAGCGGCCUCAGAGGCCUCUGUUUUGAGUUGGGCGGAACCACACCCUUGAUUUCAUUGUCUCUGUAUGUGGGAUAGGAGUUGUAAGGCUGACCCCAGAUGUUCUGAAAAGCCUUCUGCUCCUUGGAGGCUGGUCUGACUAGCGGAAGGGCACAGGCUCUAGCACUGCUGGCAUGCCGCUCGGGGAGGCGUUCUGGAAAGUGGCGUUUCUGCUCAGAGGGUCCCUCCACAGCGACCAAGUUCAUGUGUGCUUAGCAAAACUGGAAGGAGCCUCUUCCUAGGAUGGGAGGGUCCCCAGUGCUGUGUGGAGUGCUUAAAGCGUUAAUGAUUCUAGGGCAGAGAGAGUCUGUGCAGGAGACCAAACACAGCGCCUCUGUUAGAGCUCCAUCGGUGCUCUCGCUGGAGAAGUGCCCCCCCCACUAUAGAUGCUGUCUUUCCCCCUCCCCUGGAUGGGCCAUGAAUGUGCUUUUUUUUUAAGUUUCUCUCAAGCAGGCUUUCCGUUUCCUGCAAUAAACAUUUAAAAUUCAA